UUCGCGGUCGUCGCAUUGUUUUUUUCCGAGUUUUCCACGUGCGGCUUCGUUCAAUGGAUUGUUUUGAACUUUAUUGACAAAUUGUUUCGCAAAGUCCUCGGUCUAAUUGAUUAACAUCCAAGUUUUUUUUCGCCAGAAUUAUGGCUCAGUUCAAAAAAACAAACGUGCAAGUUUAUGCCAAGUCGGCGACUGUUCUUUCGCCGGAUACCAUCUACUGGAAGAAACUAGGGGUACCGACCCUAGUGAAAGACUUUGGAGCAAUCGAUUUCAUAGACUUCAGCCCCACGGAGCCGUAUCUAUUUGCGGUAACAGCAUCAGUUCGUGUUCAAAUCUACAAUCCAGUGACGAAGUUGGUGGUCAAAAACAUAACCAAGUUCCAGGAAGGUGCCCACGGUGGAUCGUUCCGUAAAGAUGGCAAUCUACUUGUUGCCGGGGAUGAUCUCGGCAAAGUGCGCCUGUUUGAUGUAUCAUCCAAGUCUAUAUUGCGAUUUUUUGAAGGCCACAAAGCGCCUGUUCAUCGGACCUUUUUCAACGCCGAUGGCUAUCACGUGAGUAGCUUCUCGGAUGAUAAAACUGUUCGAUACUGGGAUAUAGCAACUGAAAAGCACAUUUCUACUCUCUCGAAUCAUAACGACUACAUCAGAGCGGGUUGUACGAGUCCCGUUAGCCCAAAUAUUAUUGUCUCCGGAGGAUAUGAUCGAAAAAUUAACAUGUACGAUGUAAGAACGAAAGAGAGUGUACUUUCGCUAGACCAUGGAAGUCCAGUCGAGGCUCUCAUAUUCUUGCCCAGUGGAGGCAUUUUCAUCAGUGCCGGAGGAACGUCAAUCAAUGUGUACGAUGCUUUGGCUGGAGGAAGAAAAAUUGCACAGCUUUCGCAACAUCAUAAAACCGUCACCUGUUUACAGCUGGCCAGUGACGGAAAACGACUUCUCUCUGGUAGUUUGGAUAGACACGUGAAAAUUUACGAUGUUGCUACAUACCAAGUUGUCCAUACUAUCGACAACACCAACGCAGUUUUGAGUUUGGGUGUGUCUAAGGAUGACAACACAUUAGUAACGGGCAUGGUCGACGGUUUGAUAGGAAUACAUCGAAGGGAUUUGGACAAAGACAAGGGGGAUACUGAAAAAAACGAAAGCCGGCGUACCAGAAACAGGCGUAAAUAUGAGAGUAUUUUUCAAAGUGCCGACGAACAGAUUUAUGAAUUCAAACACGAUAAAAUUGAGCAAUUUGAUCGAAUGUUGAAAAAAUAUGAAUACAGCAAAGCCCUGGAUAAUGCAAUGGUUCCAGUAGUCAUUGGAAAAUCGCCCGAAAAACCUGUUGCCCUGAUUAAGGAGUUGAUCCGCCGCAAAGGUCUAUAUCGAGCACUACAAAAACGUUCUCAUGCUUUUCUAGUAAAAUUUAUUGGUUUCCUUUUGAGGAAUAUAGGAGACUUCCGAUUCACGUCAGCUCUUGUAGAUGCUGCAAACAUUCUACUGGACGUAUAUGAAGACGAGUUCGAUACGUUUGCUGGCACAGAAGUUGGAAAAAUGUUUGUUAACCUUUCGAGAAGGUUGAAAAAAGAAGAACAAUUGAUUCAAGAUUUCUUGCAAGUACAGGGACUGCUAGAGAUGAUUUCAGUUGCCGCAGACGCUAACCAAUCAUCUGAAGAUUUGAACAGAGAGAACAUUUUAACGGAUGAUCUCGAAGCGUCUAUAAGUGCUCAAAAGCAUGCUGUUAUAAAUAUAGAUUAAUAUGCAAAAUACAAAGAGUUUUACUUGAUAUUUUUUCAUUUUCUGAAGAACAUGACA